ACGAGGUUUUGUCGCUUCAGAGCAAUGGCUUUGUCAGAAUAUUUUCGUUUUCGUUCAUUUACCUCUUUAUUAUUCAUUUAUUUCAGUUUAUUGAAAAAUAUUGACAAUUCUCAUGCUUAUAUCAAUGCACUGUCUCCAUUUGUAUCUGUGAUAAAGGCUGAUGUUGGAAGUCAACUUAUUUUGCCAUGUAAUGUUAGUGGAAGACAACGACCUCGUAUCUCAUGGUUGAAGAAUGGUCGACUAUUAUUGGCAAAUUCAACCAAAGAUCAUCCAAAAGUGGAUCAUAAUGCUCUUUUAUUUUAUAAUUUGCUGCCAUCUGAUACUGGAAACUAUACAUGUAUAGUUAAUAAUCUCUAUGACUUGAAAGAAUAUACUAUAGAACUCUAUGUGAAAACUCCUCCUGGUAAAUUGAAAAAUGUGACUGUACACCCCUCAACUGUUGUAGCAACAGUUCGAUGGCAUGUUGAUAAUGAUGGAGGUUAUCCCAUUACCAAUUUCACUUUACUCUAUAGACCUACUAAAGCUAAUGCUUCUGAAUCUUGGCAUAUGCCUCAGCCUGUGCAUGUCAGUCCUGCUGUGAGGCAAUUUUUCAUAUAUCAACUCAGACCUGGCACCGAUUACAUCUUCAAAAUAUGGGCAACUAAUAAACUUGGGCCAGGAGAAGCUGUAACUGUUAGGGCUUCAACAUGUAAACCAGUUGAUCCUCCUGAAGUAUUUGGGAAAAUGUUAGCUGAUGCUGAAAAUUUUGGAUCAACAGCUUGGCUGCUUGCAGUCUGUAUGUUAGCUGCUACAGUCCUUACUCUUUCACUGAUAAGCUUUGCCCUGUUGUUUAAAGAUGAUCGAAAUGGUGCUCCAGAAGAAGGCAUGCCUCACAUAAUCACAAAUCCUGGCUUUGAGAUCGACCUAGAACAGUAUUAUCUUUUAGAACAUGCAGAUUUCAAUGACAAUAUUGAAAAGCCAGUGGGAUUAAACAACAAUACUGUUGUCCUUCCAUCUCGUGUCUGAUUGUUUUUUUUUUUUUUAACUUUCAAUUCUUCUGUGGGGUUUGGAUCCCUUUAAUAUCUUGUGCUCACUCAUGUAGCAUUUAUGUUAGUACAUGGCUACUUUCAUUGCUUGCUGGCUUAUCAUAGAUAUUUCUUUUUAUUUCAAUGUGGUGUUAGGUGUAAUUUUUAAAUGUUUGUUACUGUUGUUUUUCUGUGUAUGUUUUAGUAUAAGCCAUUUUAUUUACUAUAUUUGUUAUUUGUCACUUUAAUGGGGUGUUUUAUUACUAUUUAUUAAAAAUGUUUUGUUUGAUUUUACUAUACACAUUUUAUGAACACUUGCUUUUUUUUUUUUUACAUGUAUGCACCUUAAAUGUAGGUGCCAGAAAUAUGAGCUUUAAAUCACUUUAAAAUCCAUACUAUUUUAUUUUUCAUUCAAAUGUGUAAAUGAAUUAAAACAAUCAUGCAUGUUAUUUUCAACUUUACUUGCGACUGUAAGUUUAUUUUUAUUGUAUUUAUCUGAAGUGUGAUGAUUGCUAUAAAUAUUUAUUCACAUUAAUUGAAACGUUUCGUUUUCAGAUUAUACACAAUUUAAAUAUUACUUGAUUUGUGUAAGGAUUGGAAAGCUUUAUUUCUUAACACUGAGAUAAAGCAUUUCAUAAAAAUAUUAUUUGUUUAAAAUGAACAGGAAAAUUAAUAAUAAAUUAGCUGUAUCAAAUAUGUAUUUUCAGAUUUAUGAGCAGAUUUUGACACUUAAUCAAAUAUAAAAGAUAAAAUAGCUGUUUAAAAAUUUAUUUUCAUUAUGAUUCUGAUUGGAAAGAUUCAUUGAAAUGAAAAAUUUAUUUAUGUAACGAUUUGUACAAAUUCUGCUUAAGUAUACUCUGGAUAGUUAGUGAUUUAUUGAUGUUUCUUCAUAAUUGAAUUUCACAAGUCUUUAGAAGCUUAUAUUCAAUCAGAUAAAGCCAAAAAAAAUUAUAAAAUACUGUGAUAAAAUACAAAAAAAAUUAUCAAUGAAACAGUAUUCCUGCAACUUUUAAAAAUUUCUUAUUCGAUCAUUUUUGAAGAAAAUGUUGAGCUGUGUAGGUUUUAAAGGGAAUAUCUUUUAAUUUUUUCAAAAGACAGAUCAUUCCUUUUUAUAAUGUCUGGCUACAGAAAUUUAUAAAUAUUAUUAUGCAAAAUAUUAUUAUGUUAGUCUCUAGCCAAAGCAAUAUUUAUUUUUAAUAGAUAUUUACAUUUAACUUAGAUUUUUAUUUGCUGUUUUGAUUCUGCUCCUUUUUUUAUAUAUAUAUCCUUAAUCUUCACAUACAAUAUACACAUUCAGAGAUUUUAGAUUUCUGAAUGUGUAUAUUGAAAAAAGUAUGUUAUACACUGUGUAAUAAUGCAUUUUUUAUUACAUUCCUUUGUGUGUAUUCAUAAAUGUAUGCAUAUGAUGUUUUGAAAGAUUUGCUUUUUAUAACUUGCUAGUGACUAAAACAUCUUCCCUUGAAAAUUAUUGUUAUAGUCUUGCUUUAUACAUUCCACAUGUUUCUGUAAUGACAACUUUAGAGCAUUUGUUCAUCAAUAAAAAGUCAAAGAAGUUAUUAAAAUGUGUUUGAAAUCAGAAAGUACCAAAUUUCGUUUUCUUUAAGAAAAAAACGGUGAGCCAAACUAUUACAUUUUAAUUGUCUCAUAAUAAAUAUCUUAAAAUCAUUCAUUCUGAAAAUUUUUAUCUGGCUAAUAAGACAAUUUUUUAAAGCUAGUAAUUAGAAAAAUUGCUGCUUCUAACCUGUGACAAUUAUAAUUAAUGUCAGUUUGUAAGUUUUGUGAAUAUUUAAAUUCGGUGAUAAAAAUUUUUUUAGUUGUUAAUAACUUGUCAUCCUUUUCUAUAUAAUUUAAAAUGCAUUGUUUCAAAUAUUAAUUAAAGAAUGCAACCAUUAGUUGGAAGCAUUUCAUAAAAUGUAUGGAAACUAAACACAGUUCAAAUAUCUGUUGAUGAGUGUCCAUUUUUCAGUAUUCAUAAUUUCCAAAUAACAUGAAAAGGAUCUGCUGUUUUUCUUGAAUCAGAAAUGUUAUUCUAUUAGGGAAAAAUAAAACAGUUGAUGCUUGAAAAUUUUAAAAUCUUUUUGGAAGUUCAAAAUGGGAACUAUCUUGUCCUUGUUGUUCUUUAUUUCAUUAAACCUUGUGAUGUACCUCAUAUUAUGGUUGUGUGAAAUAUGCAUGCCAUCAAAUUCACCUUCAUGUGUGCUAAAUGUCUUUGUCCUCAUUAAUUUACAGAUGUGGUCUCAUAUUUGUCACUCAAUGUGCAGUCAUCUUUGGAAAAGACAAUUUAUUUCACAGGAUAGUUGUAAUUUUAACUCAUAAACAUUGAAUAUUUAAUGAAAUCUUGUUUUGUAUUCAGAUUAUAUGCCUUAACUUUUGAUCUGAUUUUGCUCCCAUGCAUUUUUAACUUUAAAAAGUGUUUUUUUUUAAUGUACCAUUUUUAUUUAUUAUGACUUUAUGGAUGUUUCUGUAAAUUUUUAAGCAUGCUGUAAAGUAAAACAUCACAAUUGAUUCAAAGAAUUUUGAGUUAAAUUUUCAUUUCAUUUUUAACUUAUAUUUUUUAUCAUUGUAUUAUUUCAUCAAUGUUGUUUUUAACAUAAAAUAUGUUUUAUAGUAUGUAAACUAAUUUAAAAUGUUAUGUAAAAAAAUAAACUAACUGCAAUCUUUCUUAAUUUUGUCACUUUGAUGAUGUAUUGAAUAUAACUGCAGUGAGGAAAAUAAGUAGAUAAUUUUUUUAAAAAAAUUAUUUAUUCAUUUAAUUCUUAUGAUUUUCUUAGGAAGUUAACGAUUUUGUUUUAAAUAUAUUUUUUGAAAAAUUGAUUUUAAAUAUUUUUGGUAAAACAGACUAUUGUGUAAUACUCUUUAUAAAACAUAUUCUAUGUAUUACGGUUGAUCUCGUUUUAUUAUGUUUAUUAUUUUUCUCUUUUUUUUUAUAUUGUUUUCAUUUUAUUUUUAUUCAGUUUUUUUUUAACAUUGUAACAUGCAGCCUUAUAAUUUAGCCAGAUAUUUUAGGGUGAAAUAAUAUGGUUGUCAUUGAGUGUCUAGUGUAUCUGGAAAGUAGUGAUAGUCGCCAAUUUCCAAAUUAUGGAAACGAUUUUUACCCUCUUUCUGUGUUGUAGCAGUAUUAAGAGAGGCAUUGUAAGUUUUUGUGCUACAUGUUAUUUGUCUAUUGUAUUGCAAUGUGAAGAUUAACUGUUUGUAAGCGUUGCCAGAACAUUUGAGAUAAAGGUGCUCUCAAUUUGAUAUUGUCUUUCAUUUUUUUUAUAUUUUAAUGCCUGUAUGCAUGAUCAAUGUGCAUUGUUGUUUUAAUGUGAAAAUAAAGU